CCGUAGAGUCGUAGACGCAGUAACGUUACUUUCGCAGUACUUCAAAUCCCUCUCAAGCAAUCUCAUCUCAUCUCAUCUCAUCUCAUCUCAUUCACACACAAACCAAACACUUCAAUUCACCGCCAUUACAUUAAAACCCACUCUCCAAUUUCUUUUCUUAUAAUAAAAAUAAAAAAUCACUCUCUUCAAUAAUUCUUUCCCUCCACAAUUUCCCUCCCUCUCCAAUUUUCCACCCAUUUUCCAUCCAAUUUCAAAACUCCUCAAAUUCAACACAAUUUCAUUUUCUUUUCUUUCUUUCGACAAUGGAACAACAACCUACUGGAACCAUUCACGCACUCGAUUCCGUUCAAUUUAACGAAGAAAUCCAAGGAAUUAUGAUUCCAGCACCGGCACCGGAAAACGCAAGCUCAUUCACAGCACUACUUGAGCUUCCACCGACUCAGGCCGUAGAGCUACUUCAUUUACCGGAUUGCGACGGAACUGAUUCCGGAAGAUUAUCUUGUUGCCACGUCAGCGUGAAUCAGAAACCCUAUCUUCAGAAUUCUUCCAACGGUAAUUUGACUUUUCCUACUAACGCUGCGUUAAUUGAACGCGCUGCGAAAUUCUCAGUGUUUGCUGGAGAGAAUACUUCACCGGGAGAGGUGCGGUUGUUUCCGGCGGUGUCUGGACUGAAUUUAGAAAGUGUGAAGAAUGAGCCACAAGAGACAGAUUCGAAUCCUUGUUCGACUCAAGAGUGUGUUUCGGAUCCUGCUGUUGAGAAUAAGAAUCAGAGAAACGUGAAGAGAAAAGAGCGGGAGAAGAAGGCUAAACCGUCGUCAAAGAAGAGCAAAAGCGUCGCCGAUGAAACCUCCGGCGACGGUGAGAAGCUUCCGUACGUCCAUGUUCGCGUUCGACGGGGUCAAGCUACUGAUAGUCAUAGCUUAGCAGAACGAGCUAGGAGAGAGAAGAUUAAUGCUCGUAUGAAGCUUUUACAAGAGCUGGUCCCAGGCUGCGACAAGAUAUCUGGAACAGCAUUGGUUCUGGAUGAAAUCAUCAACCAUGUUCAAACUCUACAACGUCAAGUGGAGAUCUUAUCAAUGAAACUGGCAGCAGUUAACCCAAGAAUUGAUUUCAACUUAGACAGGUUAUUGGCCUCUGAUGGGUCAUCUUUAAUGGACAGUAAUUUACCUAGCAUGGUUACGCCUCUCAUGUGGCCAGAAAUCCCACUCAACAUUAACAGACCGCAUUAUCAACAGCAAUGGCAAUUAGAUGCAUUCCAUCAACCACUUUGGGGAAGGGAAGAAGACAACCAUCAUUUCAUGACUCCGGAAAACUCACUUUUGAGUUAUGACUCCCCGGCUAAUUCAGCAUCUUUGCACUCAAAUCAAUUGAAGAUGGAGCUCUGAAAGCUUACAGAAGUUGUCGUACCGGUAGCUAUUAGCCUAGAGUGUACAUAUCAAAUAUAUUAUCGCAGUUAGCAAUGUUUUGAGUUGAGCGGUAUCAACAUUCAGCAGGUUUUCAAUGUCUUCUAUUUGCAAGAGUCAUUUGGAAACCUGGAGUUUCUUCGGCCAAAAAGGAAGAAGAUUUGGUAUGCUAUUCUUAUAUAGUAUUAUUAUCACUAUGUAUACUAACUAUAGGGGUCAUUCAAUCUAUAAUGUGAUUGAAUCAAGAUUGUAAAAUCAUAUAACAUACUAUGAACUAUCAUGGGAGUGAGUUGCUUGUUCAUUGAAUGCUACUUAGAUGAUUGACUCGUUAUUAGGGGUUCCCUUAGCAAACUACUUUAAUUUUGGAAUUGAAUGCAGUAUUUCUUUCUUUUC